UACGCCAUUAGGUCGCGCUCGUCGCGGAGUGUGAAAAACUGACGAAAUCGUGUGAACAGCAGAAAGAAAUUAAACAAACAUCCGCAAAAGUGGUCUGGUAGUAGCUGAAAAUCGAGAACAAAGCCCACGUAACAACAACACGACAGGUACCAAGGCGACUACGUAACAGAAGUGUGAUGUUCUGUGUUAUGUGUGACCCCCCAAAUCUAGCAAACCCUGCAGUGAAAAGUGAAGAGAAACAAGUACUCAACUCAACGAAGCUUCCAUUUGUCUGUUUUUACUUAGUGCAAAUAAACAAAACAAAACAAAUAAACACCAAGUGAGUGCAGUGAGAAAGGUGAAAGUUAAAAAUUGAUGGAUAAUAAAAGUGUUCGCGUUUCGUGUUUUGUUUGUGGUAAAUGUGUGCGAUUGAAUUUGAAAGCAAAUCGAAUUCGGAAAGUGAUCGGUGAAAACGUGCUAUAAAACUAAUAUAAAAAAGAAAUCCACAUUGCAAUAAUUCACACGGAAGGAGAAGCGUUUGAAUCAAUCAUUUGGGGUGAGAUUUUAACAAGGAAUCACCAUUGAGGCCAGGCUAACCAUCGCGAGUGUCGCGUCGGCCUAUCCAAGGACACCAGCGGAGGAUAACUGACGGACGUGAGAAGGAGAGGAGUGCCUGAACGUUACGCGCGGUUUGGUGAAUUAUCGGUUUGAAGAAACGUACGUGAAAGCUGGCGGUAUCUUUGGGGAAACACACUUCAAACGUGUCUGAAGCAGACAGAAACGUCGGAUUGGAUGCCGAAGUAGGUUUAGCCAAAACAUUGCCAAAUGCGUACAGUCGUAGAGAGAUUACCGAGGCCGCAGCAAGUAGGCACCGCUAGUAACCAUUGGCAGUCGUAAACGGACGGCCGGACACGAUACGGCGGGACACUCAUGGGGGGCAAGCAAAGCCGCCAGCAGCGAGAGCAGAAACAGCAGCAAGCACAGCAGACGACGGAAAAGCGGAAACAGCGAAAGGACAAGAAGUCGUCCAAACGGGGCGCACGAACGACGACCCCUCCUGAGGAACAGCGGGCAAACGGCACGGGAGUCGGUUGCAACGGGGACGUGGUAGUAGUAGCAGCUGAUGUCGCCGCGAGUGACUCGCCGGUAAACGUGACCGAAAGUGACGGGCGUCGCUGCGCCAACAACCAUAACGGUACGGUGGGAGAAGACAGAGGAGAAGGAGCAGGAGGUGCAGGUUCCGUAACAACCAUUACGAUUUGCAUGCUGAAAAUGGAACCGAACGAGACGUCACCGAUGGAGGACUGUCCAACCAACGGUGAUGGUGACACGGUGGGAGCAGGUGCUACUGCAGCUACCGGCGAUGUCGAUGAGUCCGUGGAAGUUUCAACAGUGACACCAACACCUACCAUCCCAGCUUCGACCGUUGGCGCGGAGUUGCUGACGAUGGCGCCACCCCGAUGUGGAUGCUUUGAGAAUGGUAAUUGCAGCGGUCCCUCCGGAGGGCAAUUCACACCGACGACGACAGCAAUGUCGGUGACAGCGGCAAGCAACACAACCACACACCCGAUCGUUGCUUCUGGCCCGAUUCCGACGAUCAAGAAGAGCAAAUGCAAUUGCAACGCCACACCGAUACUGAUCGGUACGCCCAGCAGCGCCACGAUCGACAAUCGGUUGAACAACAACAACAACAGCAACGAGCUCCGUUUGGCCGACAGUGGCCCGACGGUGGUCCUGACGAUGCCGGGUGGGCCGACACCAACCACCACGUCAUCGCUGGCGGCGGCAACGUCCGCUUCGAUGCCAUCGGCAGCUUCCUCGCUGACGAUGUGGUCUUCCAAUCUGACAACCGCCGUCAGCAGCAACAGCAGCGGUGUGGCGUCCCCUGCCCGGUCGCAAUCGUUCGGCAACUUUAUGCUCACCGCUGGCGGUGGUGGUGAUUCCCUUGCCCAGCAGCUGCUGAACCGUCUGCGUCACCAUCAUCAUCAUCACCACCAUCAUCACCACAACCACCAUCUGAUGCAUUUCCUGCACAACCAUCAUCACCAUCACCAUGGACCGAUGGAUGUGGCGCAGCCGGAACUCGCGUCCGAAUUGGCCACCGGUGGGUCCAACACACCCGACUGGAGACACCAGGUGCUGCGCCAAUGGAACCCGACCGUCCCGCCGACCGGUAGCGAAUCGGUGUACGGUCUUUCACCGUCAUCGCUGGCCAAUCGCGCUACCGCCAGCGGCGGACCCGUUGUUGCACCAUCAUCAUCAUCAGCCCUAAUCUCUCCCGCGACGCCCUUCAUGGAUAUCGAUCUGAAGGACAAACUGGAGGGUCUGGAGCUGGGGCCACGAACGCCCAACAACAAUCACAGUCCACAGCCCACGGUGGACACUACCGGCGAACAUCCGCGCACCGUCGGCGAGUGUCCGACGUGCUGCGCGAUGGCAAUGGCAGCGAAUGGUGGGUCGGGAUCGUCGAUCGGUCUGGUCAACACCACCACCACCGGGACAGGUGUGGGAACAAACGCUACCGCCGCCGCUGCCACCGCCACUACCGCCGUCUACAAUGGAAACGUUGGCGAGGUGGAGGAAAAAAUUCUCAACACGGCCAAUCAGCAGCAGCAGACGGCCGGAUCAAGAAUGUCACCUCCACCACCUGCGUCAGAUGUCACUCCGCCCUCGACCGAAUCGGCCACCGGCAGCACUAAAGCUGUGCCGAGUACGGUGGCAUCCUUGACUGCCGCCGCUGCUGGCAGCUCAACGCAGUCCGACGCAGGCAAGGAUGAUGCUGCUGCUGCUACCCGAACCGUCACCGCCCCCGCCGCCGUUACUGCAGCCGGCCGUGACCAGAUCGUGGUGGAUGGUAAUUCCCCGAAACAGACAACAGCGGCAGCUUCAUCGAACGUGGCUCCGACGGGUUCGGUAGCUCCGACCAGCGACAGUACGUCCACGACCACGGUCGCUGCAGCAUCGUCUUCCACACGGUUGCUGGCGAAAACAACUCCGGCGACGACCGCGACGACGACGACGACGACAGUUCCAACUUCCUCCAGCACCAGUGUAGCUUCGUCCCCCGGUGGACAGUGCUGUCGCAAGCAGUCACCCUCGUCGGGUUCAUCUUCCGCCGCGGCCACACUGCUGCACACCCUGUCGCUGUCCGGCAGACGCUCGAGAAACUCUUCCACGACACCGCCGUGCAGCUGUACCUGCUGUUGUGGCAACAACAACAACAACAACAACGCGGACGUUACCGUAGAGCCAUCGCAGUCGAGAUCGGCCUUCACCAACUGGAUCUCCGGUGGCCAGAAGACGGCGGAUCGAAACAGUACCAGUGCUGUCCCAUCAUCGUCCGGAAGUAACACUAAAUCGAAGAAGCCUAACUGGCGCGUUUCGCUAAACUGCACGAUACGUCGAGCGGCCGGUGGCGGUAGCUCCAGUGGAGGUGGAACGGCCGGACCGAGCGGUAAAGCACGAUCGUCGACCACGAGUGAGAAGUUCCCCGUGGCCAACGGCGGUAACAACGCCAACAACGUAUUGUCCUCAACGGGAGGUGACCUCGGCCACAACAACAACAGUAUUGCAUCAGCGAGCGGAAGCACCUCCCAUCGGGGAAGCUCGCUGAUAUCGUCGAGCGUUUCGGCAAAACUUCUUAAGAGCGAAACCGAUAAGGACGAUACAUGCGUGUGCACGGCUUACCGAAAGAUGAGUGAAUCGCCACCGCCGCCACCGCAGCUAUCGGGCGGAACAGUAUCGCCGGGUCGACCGUUAAGUCCCCUGCUACCAACCAGCCCUGCAACGGAUGAUCCAUCGUUCAUCCCGCUCAACAUGCUCUCACUCGUCGCAUCGGGAGGAGCUGGUGGUGGGGCAACAACGCAACCACAACCCGCCGGAAUGUCUCUACCGGUGCCGGCCGAAUCGUUCUCGUCGCUGCUGCACAAUCAUCACCAUCAUCUGCACCAUCAUCAUCAUCACGCGAUGGCCGCAGCCGCCCUGGUUGCCGCCGAUCAUCAUCAUCACCCGUCGUUCUUCUUCCCCACGUCGACGGCGGCCACUACCGCCGGUGGUUCGGCUACCGGACCGGCAGCCCAUGUGGUUGGACCGAGCGUCUCCGGGGGCAGUGUAGUGGCCGGCCGUGGUUCGUCGCUGUUCGGCAACCUACCAGCCCACCCGUCGCCCAACGGCGUCAUACUGCUCUCCGACCCGUCCGGAGUGUUCGAUCUUGCUAGCGACGAUUUUUCGCUGGAAGACUGCGACGAACGGGCACGAAUUCAGCGCGAAUUGGAAAUCCGCGAGGGAGUUGAUGCGCCUCCAAACUUCCACCCGCGCCGUCUCAUGUCCGGUGGCACAAUCUCGGCCGGUCCAGCCGCCAACCAUCCGAUAGCAUUCUUCUACUCUCGCGACCUGAUGCAGCGGGGAUUGCUGAUGGCGAACCGGUUCAUCCAGCCGCUCGAUGCGGCCGCGGCCGGAGGUUGCCCGGCUGGAGCGGCCGCCAUGGCUGCAGCGGCGGCCGCUGCCGGACGAGGAGGUGCCGGUGCCGUUGGGGCCGCCGCCUUCGGUGGGCUGCGCAUACACUCGCAGGUCGACUUCAUCCACUGUCUCGUGCCGGACCUGCAGAAGAUUACCAGCUGCAGCUUCUACUGGGGCAAGAUGGACCGAUACGAGGCCGAGCGGUUGCUCGAGGGCAAACCGGAGGGUACCUUCCUGCUGCGCGACUCCGCCCAGGAGGAGUUCCUGUUCUCCGUCUCUUUCCGCAAGUACAACCGGUCGCUGCACGCUCGGAUCGAGCAGUUCAAUCACAAGUUCAGUUUCGAUUCCCGCGAUCCGGGUGUGUACACGGCUUCGACGGUGACCGGUCUGCUCGAGCACUACAAGGAUCCGUCCUGCGUGAUGUUCUUCGAGCCGAUGCUGACCUACCCGCUGAAUCGCAACUUCAGCUUCAGCCUGCAGCAGCUCUGCCGGGCUGCCAUCGUCAGCAACACGACGUACGACGGCAUCAACGAGCUGGCGCUACCAAAGUCUCUGAAGGCGUACCUAAAAGAGUACCACUACCGACAGCGGGUCCGUUUCCGGCCACUGGACGAGCAUCUCUACUCCAACGCGUAGCUGCUUGAUCAACAUGAUGACGGUCCAGCCGAAGAUGACGACGACGACGACGACGACGAUGAUGACGAUGAUUAUACCGGUGGCGGUGGUGUUGUUGCUGGGCAUGGUGAUGAUUUGGAAACAUCCCGUUUGUUCCCGCAACCGACCCACGUCUUCUUGCCCAUGGCGGAGGAGUUCUUAUUAAGCACGACGUUCCACGGCACCUGCCUUCAUCAGCAUCAUCAUCAUCAUCACCAUGGUGGCCGACGGUUCGUGUGCGUCCAGGUCCAACGGAAAGGUAGCCAAAGCAAACCGACUCCCCCAGCAAAGCAUUCUAAAAAACGCUCGUUGCGUAGUCGCUGGAGGCGUCGUAUUUACCAGCGUGGAACUGACCACGAGCAACACCUGGCGGCGGUGGUACCAUCGCCAACGGCUUCGUCUUCCUCUCGCUGGACAUUUGUGCUAAAACGGUUCCUUAGGCGUCACCGGCGGGCGGUGAUGACAACAGCGUGCCACACCAAGUGGUAACCACAGCAGCAACAGUGGCCAGUGGCAUUCCUGCCGCGCAAAACCCUUUCGUUAGCUUUAUUUAUUCACGCACCCGCGGAAGUGUGGAGUGCAUGGCACUGCGGGAAUGAUCGACGGCGACCACACCACGGAUGCGGUUGUGCGUCGUUGUUCGUUCAAAUUGGUGACAAUCGGAAAAGUAUCACACUUUAGUAGUGAAUUCAGAAAACGAAAUUGCAAAAAUGACAAGUGUGUGUGCAUGUGUGUGUGUGGAAGAGAACGAGCAUAGAUGCAUUUCACAGAAGAACCCCGGGAAACAAGGAACGGAUCGCGUUCCAAUGAAUAGAAAAGUAUUCGGACAUAAAUUGCCAUCAUAGAAAAUUUGUAGCAGUCCCAUUCUUUAGGUGAUGUGCCCAAGGCAUAUGAAAAUCUCAAGCCCCAUGUUUUUUUGAACCCCUUAGUUUGUUCAAUAAUUUCCGUCAAAUAGUUCUCAGAUAUCUAAUUUAUUAGCCACACACAUACUGUGAACAACAAGGAAAGAGGUAGUAAAUUAUUCGCUCAAUUCCAUCGGACAUCGUCUCAUUUUACCGUCUUGUGCCGCACUCGGUUUUUUGUUCUGAAUAGGUGAAAUAUUUCGAUUGCAGCAUACUAGAACUAUACACACACAAUCCUUACAAAUAGCGACCCCUAAUAUUAACGAUUACCAGUAUUUGAGUUUAACCUGUGGGGAAUUGUAGGUAAAUUUUCGCUCUCGCACGUUCCUGGGCGUCCCAUAGGCGCACCUCCACACCUGGGUGGGCUGGAGAGCGCUAGUGAAAAUUGUAUUGUUUAUUUGAUUGUAUAGAAACAUAAAAUCACAAACCCUCCUCCCUUUCCUGCGACAAGUUAUUCGUAUUUAUUAAACUAGCAUUACUUAAGAAAUAAUUCUACAUUAAACAACAAAGAAACCGAAUGUGAAUAACACAUAUGUAUACUGUUCCUCGUUGUAGGACGAUCGUAACCGGAUCGCGAGAGUAAUCUAUCUUCCUUGUAGAAAAAUUCUAUUAUUCGUUUCCAAGCCAUUGUGUAUAUUAUUGAAUCUGUUUCGGCUUUUUCCCCCUUCUCUGUUUCGCUGAGCCGUUUUGCGUUUGUUGUUGCUUUCGGAGGUACCUCCGGGAGGGUCCUUUUAGCAUAAAUUACGGUUUGUUUGUUGCAUUCGAUCAGACAUACUCUCAGCACAUGUCGACUUGUAGCAGUUACGCUCUCGAUACAUGUAAGGUACAUUGAUGCGUACUGCAUCGAUAUCGCUAGCCAAUAGAAAAUGGUCGAUUCCGAUAGACGUCCGCUGCUGCAGGACGAUAAAAAAAAAGAUAGCAUAGAUAUACAUUGUGGAGUGGCACUAGAAAAAGAGAGAUUCGGUUGGUAUGCGCAGGGUCAUUAUAGAGAAAUUGAGCAAAAUUGAAAUGAGUAUGACUUCAUUACAUUGAAUGAACGAGCAUAUAGCAAGCAAGGUAGUAGAAGCAUCUAGGUCUAAAUUCGAGUCUGAAUAAUACUUUAACGAUAGUGCUGUGCACGUUAUUCGUUGACAUACUUCACGUAGGUUUCUUUGAACCUGCAAAUGCGUGGAUAUUAACUUAAAAAAAUAACAUAAAAAUCGACGUAACAACUAGGUAUUAUGUAUGUUUCACACAAUUUCUUUGUGGCUUUAACAUUGUACAUUAGGAUAGAGAGAGAACAUUGUGGAAAAACAAGAGGAAAGCAAUCAAAAUCGCCUGUAAAAGAGAGCACCACUAAUCCCCCACACCAGAGCUGGGUCGGUAGAGGAUAGUAAAUAUGCCGAUGUGUUUAGACAGCCGGUUUUAGUGCUCUAAGAACUAUUUUGAAUACUAGCAGAUUAUUAUUAUUUUUAUUCUGAUUGUAAUAUUAUUAUUAUUAUUAUUAUUAUUAUUAUUAUUAUUAUUAUUAUGUAUAGUUCCAGCAUCGAAUCUGCGUGACAGAGCAAAUAAAAGAAAUAGUUUUAAAGUUA